AUGCAAGCCGGUCUUGAGCAAUCAGUGAAUAUAAUCUAUGACAAGUUCAUCUCGAAGAAAGACGUCAAAGGGAAGUAUGUAUGCCCAUAUAUGGGGUGUGGCAAAACUUACUUAUCCGAAGAGUCAUUAACUCGCCAUUUAAAUCGACACUCCACAGUGAAAGAACAUGUCUGUGACGUCUGUGGAAAGGCUUUUUUGAGGAAGUCUGAGUGCGAAAUCCACAUGAGAAUCCACACGGGAGUCAAACCAUUUUCUUGUUCCCUUUGUAACAAAAAGUUUGCUCGAGCGACGGAUUUGAAAAUUCAUAUGGUCUACCACUCCGAUGAGAAACCAUUCAAAUGCCCUUUCCCGGGGUGUACACUUAGUUUUAAAAGGAAAAGCGACGCUAAAAAACACCUCAGAAUUCAUGUCAAGAAAACUCAAUGCAAUUUCCAAUCACUUAUCACACAAGUAGUGCCUUCUGCGUUCUCCCCUAUCCCAAAGAGGUUUAUUAAAGUCGAGAAAACAGAGUUAGUAUAUGAUUGUAAUUAA